AUUAAGCCAGAGAUGUCGGACAAGGCCUGAAGUUAUUGCUCUCCAGCCAGAAAGAAGUCGACAAGGACAGAGAAAGCUAUUAACAUGCAACACUACUGAGGCAGGACCAUUGCUGGCUGAUGAAGGUUUGGGAAGGAUGGCUGAUCCCAACAGGUUCUAUGAGCAGAUCAGCGAGGAGGACCUGAUGAACUUCUCCUUCAUUGGCCGAGGAUCUUUUGGGAACAUUUUCCGAGCUCGGCACCAAGAUUGGGGGAUCGAUGUUGCAAUCAAGUUCCUGAGCCGGAAUUCUUCCUUCACUCGAGAGGAACUCUUGAAAGAAGCCCAAGCCAUGGAGAAAGCCCGCUUCAUCUACGUCCUACGACUCUUUGGCCUCUUCGUAGGCAAAGAGCAGGCAGACACCGACGCGGCGCCAGCCGCAGUGCCCAGCUUGGGCCUGGUGAUGGAAUACAUGGAGAACGGCAACUUGUCCAGUUUAAUGUAUCAGGUCCCCUCCAUGCCUUGGGCCCUACGCUUCCGCAUCCUCUACCAGGUAGCCCUGGGGAUGAAUUUCCUGCACAACCUCAGGCCUCCGUUGUUACAUCUGGACCUCAAGCCUAGCAAUGUCUUACUCGAUGGGGAUCUGCAUGUCCGGGUGUCUGAUUUUGGUUUAUCCAAGUUCAAGCGAGGAACAACUCAGCAAUGUGACCACAGUUCUGGGGAAGGGGGUGACUAUGGCGGGACCCUGGAGUUCAUGCCCCCCGAAGCCUUUAACAGUUUCAGCUACAAGCCAGCUCCCAGCACGGAUGUCUACAGUUAUGGCAUCCUGAUGUGGUCGGUGUUAAGCGGUCAAGAACCUUACCACAAUCUCCACCACGCCAACAUGAGUUCCCUCAUCAGGAUGCACAUCCCGCGAGGCCAGAGGCCGCUGACGGAAGAUCUGGAGAAGCAGGUCGACCAAGUGCAGAAGCUGGGAAACUUGAUAGACCUCAUGAGAAGGUGCUGGUCUAAUGAGAAAGGGCAGAGGCCAAGUUUCCGAGACUGCAGCAAGGAAAUGGAAGUUGUGUGUUUCUGUUACGAAUGGAAGAUGAAGCCUGCUGUUCGUGAAGUCCAGGAUAUCUUGAUGCAGAAAGAGAAUUCUUCUAGAAAAGAAGCCACGUUCUCUACCUGCUCCAAGGGACUCAGUCUUGCCCCUGUGAGAUCUGAGGACCACCAAGCAUUCCCUUCUCGCUAUGGCUUGGAAGAACAUUUUAAGACUUUACACCUAGAAGAACCUUCAUCUAUGCAAAAUGAAGCUGUACCACCAGAGGUUGCUUUCAGGAGAAAAUCUUCGGGGACCCUUCACCGUAGUCAAAGCUUGCAUAACAGGAAAAAAGCUGAAGGAACAGAGCAGGAAAAUCCUCAUCUAUCAGAAGUCCAGACUCCACGAAGGACCAUGCUCAGAGGCAAUAAGCAACGCCCCCGUUCAGACACUUUUGCUUUUCCAGUGUAUUCAACUUAUCCUCCUGGAUACCAUCAUUACCAACAGCCACCUUAUGGCUUCCAUCAAGGUGAUGCUGGAUUUGUACAGCAGGAUCCAUCAUUCCUAUGGCGUUAUGCACCUGCAGUUCCAUACGGUGGAAUUUCUAUCACUGCCAACAACCUCUCGGGAGUUCAGUUUGGAGGUGGCAACACCAUGCACUUUGAACACACUUCUCCAAUCAAGGACAGGAAAAAGAAGUAGCCAAUGAAUGCUGAUAGAAUGCGGGUAGUUUCUCAUGGACAAUUCCAUUCUUGUGUUUGGGGGCAUUUCAGCCAGCUUCAAAUGCCUUCUCUGUUGCCCCUGACUUUUCUGAACAAUCCCCAUAACUCAGGAUCAAUCUAGCUGUUUCCUAGAAAGCUAGAACCACAGAAUGGAAAGGGCGGAAGGGACUUUGGAGAUCAUCUAAUCCAACUUCUUGUCCAGUGUAAGAGUCUUCUACUACAGCAUCCCCAACAGAUGGCCAUUCAGCCUCUCUUGAAACAUCACCAAUGAAGGAGAGCCUGCUACUUCCCAAGGGUGUCUGUUUUGUUGUUGAACAGCUUUUGCUGUUAAGAAAUGUUUCCUGAGGUCCAGCAAAAUUUGCUUCCUUGUAAUUUCAAUCCGUUGCUUUUGGUCCUGCCCUGAAUGAUUCUUGUUCCAACACUGAAUGAUUCUGUCCUAUCUUGUACAGGAUAGCCAUUGAGAUACUUGAGGGGAACUAUCACAUCUCCUCACAGUCUUCUCUUUUCCUCUCUGGUCUUCCUACUAAUGGGCAUGACUAAUGGUCAGGUCUGAUGGAAAGCUGGAUUAAGCCACACCCUUGCCCCCUCUUCCGGCCCCAGCCCAUUGAAUCCAGACAUGGUGCUCUUCCUUUGUUUAUUUCAAGUGGUGGGAUGGGCUGGCUUGAACUUUUGGAGGUAAAUGUUUUCUUCUUAUAACAAUUGAAUGGAGCCAUCCCAGGAAUCUCUACCCAUGGGCGGGACAGAAGCUGCAAAGCAAAACAUGUGAAAGCUUAAAUAAACAAAAAUAAUAAUAAAAUUGGAGAAAGAAAAGGGUGCCAUUCAAAGAUGCAGAUGAUAAACUGAAGCCCUUGAACAGUUUGUGGCAACCUUGUUUCCGAAUAAGCUUCUGACAUGGUUGCUGAAAAUUAAUGAUAUUGCCGCUUUGAGAAAGGAAAAAUGCCAAUACUGGCUUGAGCCUUUAUAUAAACCUAUAUAAUAUAAAAAAAGAAUUUUAUAUAUAUAUAAAACUUAUAUAAACCUCAUGGGGUUUUAAAGAAGCAAAACGACCAACCAAACAAAAAAUCCCAAAAUGUCUGCCCGUCCAAAUGCCCAGGGCAAAUAAAAUGUAAAGUAAAAAAGUAAAGUAAAGUAAAUCCCUGCCAAUAGGUUUGCCACAGUCCUGGCCAUUCUGCAGAAAUUCAGUGUGUUCACAAAAUGGUUGCUUAUCCUGGGUAUAUGCAAAGCAAACUGGAUUUGUGUGUGUGUGUUACUCAGGUAGGCUUUAGAAAGAAUUAGCCUCAAAGUUGGGUGCUUUCACAGAUUUUUCACCCAGUUGAAGGCCAUACAGGCAGUCCCCGGUUUAAGAAUGUCCAAGUUAUGGACAACUUGCACUUAUGAACAGGCUGCCUGUACUAAAAAUGGUGGACGGUGUUCUCC